UGAGGAUGGGGGCUGGGGUCCGACUGGUCCCUGACUGUCCCCACCUGCUCCAGAACUACAUCUCCGCGCCCCACUGUCUGGAGGCCCUGCAGGAGCUCUACACCCAUAUCCACAGGUACUACGACCAGCCCCGGCAGAUCAUCGGUGCACUGGAGGAAGACCCCGUGAGCCAGAAGAUGCAGCUGGUCUGCCACCUGCAGCAGCUCACCGCCCCGGUGGAGAACAAAGUCACUGACCUGUGAGCUCCAGCCAGCCUGGGGAGCAGCCAGCAGGCCGCCCCACUGCAGUGCCUUAUGAGCCCCAGAUGGAGCCAGGACUGGGGGAGGGGCUGGCAGGGCAGGAGGCAGGCAGCAGCCAGGCGCUGUGCCCUGCAGUGGGUUCCCUGCAGCCGCCUCUCCCCUCCAGCCCGCCCUGCAUUCCCCCGCUCCGGGUUCAUCUCUAAGUUAUAGCAAUCCCUACCCCUUUUUCAGCUUCCCUCCACUGUAUUUAUUUGCUUGCUGAAAAAGUCACAUCUGGAAAUACACUACAAAUAUACUUUUUUAGAAAAAGCCCAGUCCCUCUCUACUACCCCCAGACCAAUGCUCUGCUCUGGGAGCCCCCCAGCCCCCCUUGGCUGUGACGCCUGCUGCACCUUACUCACCUCUCACCCUCGCCCCCUGAAGCUGCAGGGAAGCUGCCUUUGCCCCCCCCACCCCACCCUUUCAUCAGUGUCUACCCUGUCCCCUUCUGGAUCUUUCCUGGCCUGGCAGGACCAAGUCUGUCCCAUUGGGGGCUAGCCAUGGCCAAUGCCUAAGCCCUCUGCUUCACUCUGACUGCCCCAAUGGCCCCCUGAAACUGGACCCUGCCUCCACUCUUGCCCCCCACCCCCACCCUUUUCUCCCCUAGGCAGCUAGAAUGAUCUAAAGAGCAAAAGUGCCCAUCAGCCUGGGAAGUCCCAUCAGCCUGGAAAGUCCAGGCUACUGCUCUCCAGGGCCGCCGUGGUGCCCUCCCUGUGCUCGCUUACCUUGCCCACAGCCGAGCAGCUAGGAGGCUAUUUAUAAAGGCGGGUGAGAUCAGCGGCCAAGGCUAUAAAUGCUCAGGCCGCGGCCGGGCCCAAAGGAGCAGGUGGCCCAGGGGUGCCGGAGCCACAGGGCUGGGAUGAGUGCCCAGGCGGGUGGCGACGGCAGCAGCAGCAGCAGGUAGGGCCGGGCCGGGCGCCCCACGGCCCCAGGCACUGCCUUGACCUCCCACCCUCGCCAGCUUCCCUCAGCUCGCAGGCGUCGUGUGGGCCUGAGUCCUUGGGCUCUGAACUGGCCCUGGCGGCGCUGGCUCCGCAGAUGCUGCAGGGGCUCCUGGGCUCCGACGAUGAGGAGCAGGAAGACCCCAAGAACUACUGCAAGGGUGGCUACUACCCGGUGCGGAUCGGCGACCUGUUCAAUGGGCGGUACCACAUGGUGCACAAGCUGGGCUGGGGCCACUUCUCCACUGUCUGGCUCUGCUGGGACAUCCA